ACGAUGGGUCUCUCGGACAACGAUGUGCAGAAGCAGCUGCGCCACAUGAUCGCAUUUAUCGAACAAGAAGCUAUCGAAAAAGCGGAAGAGAUUGAUGCAAAAGCGGAGGAGGAAUUCAACAUUGAAAAAGGUCGUCUUGUGCACGAGCAAAGAAACAAAAUAUUAGAAUAUUACGAUAAGAAGGAGAAGCAAGUUGAGCUGCAGCGCAAAAUCCAGAGCUCAAACAUGCUCAAUCAGGGACGUCUUAAAUGCUUGAAAAAACAAAUGACUGCUAAAGCAUUUGCAGUUAUAUUUCAGGCACGCGAGGACCACUUGAAUAAGGUUUUGGACGAAGCACGGGCAAAUUUGUCGCGGAUUUCGUCCGAUUCCGGUCGUUAUCCAUCGAUUUUGAAAGGCUUGAUUUUACAGGCGCUCUUUCAAAUGCUGGAGAAGCAAGUGUCACUGAGAUGUCGUAAAAAAGAUGAGCAACUGGUGCAGCAACUUUUGCCGGAAUGCGUUGAUGAGCUGGAGCAGGAAUGGGGCGAACGAACGGAGGUUAAAAUUGACCGGACUGAUUACUUACCGGCAGAAAGCGCUGGUGGAAUAGAGCUUACAGCAAAAGAUGGCAAAAUCAAGGUUUCAUCAACACUGGAAUCUCGUCUAGAAUUAAUUGCAAGUCAGGUAAGUGUCGUUUUAUGGUUUUGGUCCUCGAAAUGA